UUAUGCUUAAUAGGAAAACACGGAGCGGCGCACGCGCACAUUCAUCGGCGUGAACAGGACAGAGGGGCCUGCCGGGAGUUGCAGUCCGGGGCCCCAGGAUGUUGCUGGAAGCGCUACGCCGGUGCCUGCUGCGACGAGGCUCGCUCCUGCCGCUGACCCGGACCCUCUCCUCAGCCCAGGGCGGCUGCUGGAGCUGCGGGACGCCCCUCUCCUCCUCGGCCUCGCCCCGCUUCUGCCCCUCGUGCCGGGCACUGCAGCCUCCGGAGCUAGGCCAGGACCACUUCCGCCUCAUGGGAUGCGACCGCAGUUUCCGCCUCGACGUCCCCCGUCUCCAGCGGAUGUUUCGCACCCUGCAACGCUCCUUGCACCCCGACUUCUUCAGCCAGCGCCCUCAGGCGGAGCAGGACUUUUCAGAGCAGCACUCCUCCCUGGUGAACAAGGCCUACCGGACCCUCUUGGACCCCCUCAGCCGGGGGCUCUACCUGCUGGAGCUGAGCGGAGUGGCCCUGGAGCAAGGGACGGACCCCGGUGCCGACCCCUCAUUCCUCGCAGAGGUCAUGGAGGCCAACGAGAGGAUUUCGGAAGCCCAAGACAACGCCAAGAUGGAGGAAGUGGAAAAGUUCAUCGCAG